AUGAAGCACCUCGCCGCUUACCUCCUCCUCGGCCUUGCCGGCAACACCUCUCCCUCUGCUGACGACAUCAAGGGUGUCCUUGGGUCUGUUGGCAUUGACGCCGACGAGGAGCGUCUGGAGAAGCUCAUCUCUGAGCUUGAGGGCAAGGACAUUCAGGAGCUGAUUGCUGAGGGUACCACCAAGCUUGCCUCCGUCCCGGCUGGCGGUGCUGCUGCUGCCCCUGCUGCUGCUGGUGGUGCUGCCGCUGGCGGCGCUGCUCCUGCGGCUGAGGAGAAGAAAGAGGAGAAGAAGGAGGAGGAGGAGUCCGACGAGGACAUGGGCUUCGUUACGAUCAUGCAUUUAUCUUAUAUGCUCGAUACCUCUACAGAUCGAUCAUUUUUUUUCCCCCUGUUCUUUGAGACCGAGCGCUGCAGCCCACCUCUCAAACUUGAAGCGCAGAACAAGAACCGUCUCGACGAAGGCUUCAGCGACCGACACGACAACCACCUGCUCUCGCUUUUCGAUUUCUCGUUCGAAAAGCGCCCAGAGGAACCAUCCGCAACCAUGGCUGACAUCGAAUACAACGCCGAGGAGGCUGCCGAGCUUAAGAAGAAGCGGCAGUUCCGCAAGUUCGCCUACCGCGGCAUUGAGCUCGACCAGCUCCUCGACCUCUCCUCAGAGCAGCUCCGCGAUGUCGUGCACGCCCGUGCCCGUCGCCGAUUCAACCGCGGUCUGAAGCGCAAGCCCAUGGGCCUGAUCAAGAAGCUGCGCAAGGCCAAGCAGGAGGCCAAGCCCAACGAGAAGCCCGCCCUGGUCAAGACGCACCUGCGUGACAUGAUCAUUGUGCCGGAGAUGAUCGGCAGUGUCAUCGGUAUCUACUCUGGCAAGGAGUUCAACCAGGUUGAGAUCAAGCCCGAAAUGGUUGGCCACUACCUGGGAGAGUUCUCCAUCACAUACAAGCCCGUCAAGCACGGUCGGCCCGGUAUCGGUGCCACCCACUCUUCCCGUUUCAUUCCUCUGAAAUAA